AUGCGUAUUAAAUUUAGAUUGAUGCAACCAAAUGUCACCACAUCUACAGAUAUAAUUGUUGAUAGCUUUAAUGAUUAUGACCUGGAAGAUACAGCAUUGGCCCCGACGUCGAACGCACCCACAGCGUUAGAUGUGGAGCUAGACCCGGCGUUAGACGUGGAGCCAGACCCGGUUCCAGACGUGGAGCUAGACCCGGCGCCAGACGUGGAGCCAGACCCGGCGCCAGACGUGGAGCUAGACUCGGCGCCAGACGUGGAGUCAGACCCGGUGCUAGACGUGGAGCCGGGCCCGGUGCUGGACGUGGAGCCGGGCCCGGUGCUGGACGUGGAGCCAGGCCCGGUGCCAGACGUGGAGCCAGACCCGGUGCUAGACGUGGAGCCAGGCCCGGUGCUAGACGUGGAGCCAGGUCCGGUGCUAAACGUGGAGCCAGGCCCGGUGCUAGACGUGGAGGCAAGCCCGGCGCUAGACGUGGAGCUAGACCCGGCGCUAGACGUGGAGCCAGGCCCAGUGCUAGACGUGGAGCCAGGCCCGGUGCUAGACGUGGAGCCAGGCCCGGUGCUAGACGUGGAGCCAGGCCCAGUGCCAGACGUGGAGCCAGGCCCGUUGCUAGACGUGGAGCCAGGCACGGUGCUAGACGUGGAGCCAGGCACGGUGCUCGAACGUGGAGCUAGACCCGGCGCUAGACGUGGAGCCAGGCCCGGUGCUAGACGUGGAGCAAGGCCCGGUGCUAGACGUGGAGCCAGGUCCGGUGCUAGAAGUGGAGCCAGGCCCGGUGCUAGACGUGGAGCCAGGCCCAGCGGCCCGGUGCUAGACGUGGAGCCAGCCCCGGUGCUAGACGUGGAGCGAGACCCGGCGCUAGACGUGGAGCCAGACCCGGUGCCAGACGUGGAGCCAGACACGGCGCCAGACGUGGAGCCAGACCCGGCGCCAGACGUGGAGCUAGACCCGGCGCCAGACGUGGAGUCAAACCCGGUGCCAGACGUGGAGUCAGACCCGGCGCCAGACGUGGAGCUAGACACGGCGCCAGACGUGGAGUCAGACCCGGUGCUAGACGUGGAGGCAGGCCCGGCGCUAGACGUGGAGCUAGACCCGGCGCUAGACGUGGAGCCAGGCCCGGUGUUAGACGUGGAGCCAGGCCCGGUGCUAGACGUGGAGCCAGGCCCGGUGCUAGACGUGGAGCCAGGCCCGGUGCUAGACGUGGAGCCAGGCCCGGUGCUAGACGUGGAGCCAGGCCCAGUGCUAGACGUGGAGCUAGACCCGGCGCUAGACGUGGAGCCAGGCCCGGUGCUAGACGUGGAGCCAGGCCCGGUGCUAGACUGGGAGCCAGGCCCAGUGCUAGACGUGGAGCUAGACCCGGCGCUAGACGUGGAGCCAGGCCCGGUGCUAGACGUGGAGCCAGGCCCGGUGUUAGACGUGGAGCCAGGUCCGGUGCUAGGCGUAGAGCCAGGCCCGGUGCUAGACGGGGAGCCAGGCCCGGUGCUAGACGUGGAGUUAGACCCGGCGCUAGACGUGGAGCCAGACCCGGCGCCAGACGUGGAGCCAGACCCGGCGCCAGACGUGGAGCUAGACCCGGCGCCAGACGUGGAGCUAGCCCCGGCGCUAGACGUAGAGCCAGGCCCGGUGCUAGACGUGGAGCCAGGCCCGGUGCUAGACGUGGAGCCAGGCCCAGUGCUAGACGUGGAGCUAGACCCGGCGCUAGACGUGGAGCCAGGCCCGGUGCUAGACGUGGAGCCAGGCCCAGUGCUAGACGUGGAGCCAGGUCCGGUGCUAGACGUGGAGCCAGGCCCGGUGCUAGACGGGGAGCCAGGCCCGGUGCUAGACGUGGAGUUAGACCCGGCGCUAGACGUGGAGCCAGGCUGGGUGCUAGACGUGGAGCCAGGCCCGGUGCUAGACGUGGAGCCAGCCCCGGUGCUAGACGUGGAGCCAGACCCGGCGCUAGACGUGGAGCCAGGCCCGGUGCCAGACGUGAAGCCAGACCCGGCGCCAGAAGUGGAGCCAGACCCGGCGCCAGACGUGGAGCUAGCCCCGGCGCUAGACGUGGAACCAGGCCCGGUGCUAGACGUGGAGCCAGGCCCGGUGCUGGACGUUGAGCCAGCCCCGGUGCUAGACGUGGAGCCAGACCCGGCGCUAGACGUGGAGCCAGGCCCGGUGCCAGACGUGGAGCCAGACCCGGCGCCAGAAGUGGAGCCAGACCCGGCGCCAGACGUGGAGCUAGACCCGGCGCCAGACGUGGAGCUAGACCCGGCGCCAGACGUGGAGCCAGACCCGGCGCUAGACGUGGAGCCAGGCCCGGUGCCAGACGUGGAGCCAGACCCGGCGCCAGAAGUGGAUCCAGACCCGGCGCCAGACGUGGAGCUAGACCCGGCGCCAGACGUGGAGCCUAGCCCCGGCGCUAGACGUGGAGCCAGGCCCGGUGUUAGACGUGGAGCCAGACCCGGUGCUAGACGUGGAGCCAGACCCGGUGCUAGACGUGGAGCCAGGCCCGGUGCUAGACGUGGAGCCAGGCCCGGUGCCAGACGUGGAGCCAGACCCGGCGCCAGAAGUGGAGCCAGACCCGGCGCCAGACGUGGAGCUAGACCCGGCGCCAGACGUGGAGCCAGGCCGGUGCUAGACGUGGAGCCAGGCCCGGUGCUAGACGUGGAGAUAGACCCGGCGCUAGACGUGGAGCCAGGUCCGGUGCUAGACGUGGAGCCAGGCCCGGUGCUAGAGGUGGAGCCAGGCCCGGUGCUAGACGUGGAGCCAGGCCCGGUGCUAGACGUGGAGCCAGGCCCGGUGCUAGACGUGGAGCCAGGCCCAGUGCUAGACGUGGAGCUAGACCCGGCGUUAGACGUGGAGCCAGGCCCGGUGCUAGACGUGGAGCCAGGCCCGGUGCUAGACGUGGAGCCAGGCCCGGUGCUAGACGUAGAGCCAGGCCCGGUGCUAGACGGGGAGCCAGGCCCGGUGCUAGACGAGGAGCCAGCCCCGGUGCUAGACGUGGAGCCAGGCCCGGUGCCAGACGUGGAGCCAGACCCGGCGCCAGAAGUGGAGCCAGACCCGGCGCCAGACGUGGAGCUAGACCCGGCGCCAGACGUAGUGCCAGCCCCGGCGCUAGAUGUGGAGCCAGGCCCGGUGCUAGACGUGGAGCCAGCCCCGGUGCUAGACGUGGAGCCAGCCCCGGUGCUAGACGUGGAGCCAGACCCGGCGCUAGACGUGGAGCCAGGCCCGGUGCCAGACGUGGAGCCAGACCCGGCGCCAGAAGUGGAGCCAGACCCGGCGCCAGACGUGGAGCUAGACCCGGCGCCAGACGUGCAGCUAGCCCCGGCGCUAGACGUGGAACCAGGCCCGGUGCUAGACGUGGAGCCAGGCCCGGUGCUAGACGUGGAGCCAGCCCCGGUGCUAGACGUGGAGCCAGGUCCGGUGCUAGAAGUGGAGCCAGGUCCGGUGCUAGAAGUGGAGCCAGGCCCGGUGCUAGACGUAGAGCCAGGCCCGGUGCUAGACGGGGAGCCAGGCCCGGUGCUAGACGAGGAGCCAGCCCCGGUGCUAGACGUGGAGCCAGGCCCGGUGCCAGACGUGGAGCCAGACCCGGCGCCAGAAGUGGAGCCAGACCCGGCGCCAGACGUGGAGCUAGACCCGGCGCCAGACGUAGUGCUAGCCCCGGCGCUAGAUGUGGAGCCAGGCCCGGUGCUAGACGUGGAGCCAGGCCCGGUGCUAGACGUGGAGCCAGCCCCGGUGCUAGACGUGGAGCCAGACCCGGCGCUAGACGUGGAGCCAGGCCCGGUGCCAGACGUGGAGCCAGACCCGGCGCCAGAAGUGGAGCCAGACCCGGCGCCAGACGUGGAGCUAGACCCGGCGCCAGACGUGGAGCUAGCCCCGGCGCUAGACGUGGAACCAGGCCCGGUGCUAGACGUGGAGCCAGGCCCGGUGCUAGACGUGGAGCCAGCCCCGGUGCUAGACGUGGAGCCAGGUCCGGUGCUAGAAGUGGAGCCAGGUCCGGUGCUAGAAGUGGAGCCAGGCCCGGUGCUAGACGUGGAGCCAGGCCCAGCGCCAGGCCCGGUGCUAGACGUGGAGCCAGCCCCGGUGCUAGACGUGGAGCGAGACCCGGCGCUAGACGUGGAGCCAGACCCGGUGCCAGACGUGGAGCCAGACACGGCGCCAGACGUGGAGCCAGACCCGGCUCCAGACGUGGUGCUAGACCCGGCGCCAGACGUGGAGUCAAACCCGGUGCCAGACGUGGAGUCAGACCCGGCGCCAGACGUGGAGCUAGACACGGCGCCAGACGUGGAGUCAGACCCGGUGCUAGACGUGGAGGCAGGCCCGGCGCUAGACGUGGAGCUAGACCCGGCGCUAGACGUGGAGCCAGGCCCGGUGUUAGACGUGGAGCCAGGCCCGGUGCUAGACGUGGAGCCAGGCCCGGUGCUAGACUUGGAGCCAGGCCCGGUGCUAGACGUGGAGCCAGGCCCGGUGCUAGACGUGGAGCCAGGCCCAGUGCUAGACGUGGAGCUAGACCCGGCGCUAGACGUGGAGCCAGGCCCGGUGCUAGACGUGGAGCCAGGCCCGGUGUUAGACGUGGAGCCAGGUCCGGUGCUAGGCGUAGAGCCAGGCCCGGUGCUAGACGGGGAGCCAGGCCCGGUGCUAGACGUGGAGUUAGACCCGGCGCUAGACGUGGAGCCAGACCCGGCGCCAGAAGUGGAGCCAGCCCCCGCGCGAGACGUGGAGCCAGACCCGGCGCCAGACGUGGAGCUAGCCCCGGCGCUAGACGUAGAGCCAGGCCCGGUGCUAGACGUGGAGCCAGGCCCGGUGCUAGACGUGGAGCCAGGCCCAGUGCUAGACGUGGAGCUAGACCCGGCGCUAGACGUGGAGCCAGGCCCGGUGCUAGACGUGGAGCCAGGCCCGGUGCUAGACGUGGAGCCAGGUCCGGUGCUAGACGUGGAGCCAGGCCCGGUGCUAGACGGGGAGCCAGGCCCGGUGCUAGACGUGGAGUUAGACCCGGCGCUAGACGUGGAGCCAGGCUGGGUGCUAGACGUGGAGCCAGGCCCGGUGCUAGACGUGGAGCCAGCCCCGGUGCUAGACGUGGAGCCAGACCCGGCGCUAGACGUGGAGCCAGGCCCGGUGCCAGACGUGGAGCCAGACCCGGCGCCAGAAGUGGAGCCAGACCCGGCGCCAGACGUGGAGCUAGACCCGGCGCCAGACGUGGAGCUAGCCCCCGGCGCUAGACACGUGGAGCCAGACCCGGCGCUAGACGUGGAGCCAGGCCCGGUGCCAGACGUGGAGCCAGACCCGGCGCCAGAAGUGGAGCCAGACCCGGCGCCAGACGUGGAGCUAGACCCGGCGCCAGACGUGGAGCUAGAACCCGGCGCCAGACGUGGAGCCAGACCCGGUGCUAGACGUGGAGCCAGGCCCGGUGCUAGACGUGGAGCCAGGCCCGGUGCCAGACGUGGAGCCAGACCCGGCGCCAGAAGUGGAGCCAGACCCGGCGCCAGACGUGGAGCUAGACCCGGCGCCAGACGUGGAGCCAGGCCCGGUGCUAGAUGUGGAGCCAGGCCCGGUGCUAGACGUGGAGAUAGACCCGGCGCUAGACGUGGAGCCAGGUCCGGUGCUAGACGUGGAGCCAGGCCCGGUGCUAGAGGUGGAGCCAGGCCCGGUGCUAGACGUGGAGCCAGGCCCGGUGCUAGACUUGGAGCCAGGCCCGGUGCUAGACGUGGAGCCAGACCCGGUGCAAGACGUGGAGCCAGGCCCAGUGCUAGACGUGGAGCUAGACCCGGCGCUAGACGUGGAGCCAGGCCCGGUGCUAGACGUGGAGCCAGGCCCGGUGCUAGACUGGGAGCCAGGCCCAGUGCUAGACGUGGAGCUAGACCCGGCGCUAGACGUGGAGCCAGGCCCGGUGCUAGACGUGGAGCCAGGCCCGGUGUUAGACGUGGAGCCAGGUCCGGUGCUAGGCGUAGAGCCAGGCCCGGUGCUAGACGGGGAGCCAGGCCCGGUGCUAGACGUGGAGUUAGACCCGGCGCUAGACGUGGAGCCAGAUCCGGCGCCAGAAGUGGAGCCAGACCCGGCGCCAGACGUGGAGCUAGACCCGGCGCCAGACGUGGAGCUAGCCCCGGCGCUAGACGUAGAGCCAGGCCCGGUGCUAGACGUGGGCCAGGCCCGGUGCUAGACGUGGAGCCAGGCCCAGUGCUAGACGUGGAGCCAGACCCGGCGCUAGACGUGGAGCCAGGCCCGGCGCUAGACGUGGAGCCAGGCCCGGUGCUAGACGUGGAGCCAGGCCCGGUGCUAGACGUGGAGCCAGGCCCGGCAGACGGAGCCAGGCCCGGGGUGCUAGACGCGAGCCAGGGGGGACGUGGAGCCAGGCUGGGUGUAGACGUGGAGCCAGGCCCGGUGCUAGACGUGGAGCCAGCCCCAGUGCUAGACGUGGAGCCAGACCCGGCGCUAGACGUGGAGCCAGGCCCGGUGCCAGACGUGGAGCCAGACCCGGCGCCAGAAGUGGAGCCAGACCCGGCGCCAGACGUGGAGCUAGACCCGGCGCCAGACGUGGAGCUAGCCCCGGCGCUAGACGUGGAACCAGGCCCGGUGCUAGACGUGGAGCCAGGCCCGGUGCUAGACGUUGAGCCAGCCCCGGUGCUAGACGUGGAGCCAGACCCGGCGCUAGACGUGGAGCCAGGCCCGGUGCCAGACGUGGAGCCAGACCCGGCGCCAGAAGUGGAGCCAGACCCGGCGCCAGACGUGGAGCUAGACCCGGCGCCAGACGUGGAGCUGGACCCGGCGCCAGGACGUGGAGCCAGACCCGGUGCUAGACGUGGAGCCAGGCCCGGUGCUAGACGUGGAGCCAGGCCCGGUGCCAGACGUGGAGCCAGACCCGGCGCCAGAAGUGGAGCCAGACCCGGCGCCAGACGUGGAGCUAGACCCGGCGCCAGACGUGGAGCCAGGCCCGGUGCUAGAUGUGGAGCCAGGCCCGGUGCUAGACGUGGAGAUAGACCCGGCGCUAGACGUGGAGCCAGGUCCGGUGCUAGACGUGGAGCCAGGCCCGGUGCUAGAGGUGGAGCCAGGCCCGGUGCUAGACGUGGAGCCAGGCCCGGUGCUAGACGUGGAGCCAGGCCCGGUGCUAGACGUGGAGCCAGGCCCAGUGCUAGACGUGGAGCUAGACCCGGCGUUAGACGUGGAGCCAGGCCCGGUGCUAGACGUGGAGCCAGGCCCGGUGCUGACGUGGAGCCAGGCCCGGUGCUAGACGUAGAGCCAGGCCCGGUGCUAGACGGGGAGCCAGGCCCGGUGCUAGACGAGGAGCCAGCCCCGGUGCUAGACGUGGAGCCAGGCCCGGUGCCAGACGUGGAGCCAGACCCGGCGCCAGAAGUGGAGCCAGACCCGGCGCCAGACGUGGAGCUAGACCCGGCGCCAGACGUAGAGUUAGCCCCGGCGCUAGAUCCAGGCUCGGUGCCAGACGUGGAGCCAGACCCGGCGCCAGAAGUGGAGCCAGACCCGGCGCCAGACGUGGAGUUAGACCCGGCGCCAGACGUGGAGCUAGACCCGGCGCCAGACGUGGAGCCAGACCCGGCGCUAGACGUGGAGCCAGGCCCGGUGCCAGACGUGGAGCCAGACCCGGCGCCAGAAGUGGAGCCAGACCCGGCGCCAGACGUGGAGCUAGACCCGGCGCCAGACGUGGAGCUAGCCCCGGCGCUAGACGUGGAACCAGGCCCGGUGCUAGACGUGGAGCCAGGCCCGGUGCUAGACGUGGAGCCAGCCCCGGUGCUAGACGUGGAGCCAGGCCCGGUGCUAGACGUGGAGCCAGGUCCGGUGCUAGACGUGGAGCCAGGCCCGGUGCUAGACGUGGAGCCAGGUCCGGUGCUAGACGUGGAGCCAGGCCCGGUGCAAGACGUGGAGCCAGACCCGGGGCUAGACGUGGAGCCAGGCCCGGUGUUAGACGUGGAGCUAGACCCGGCGCUAGACGUGGAGCCAGGCCCAGUGCUAGACGUGGAGCCAGGCCCGGUGCUAGACGUGGAGCCAGUCCCGGCGCUAGUCGUGGAGCCAGUCCCGGUGCUAGACGUGGAGCCAGACCCGGUGCUAGACGUGGAGCUAGACCCGGCGCUAGACCCAGUGUGA